AUGGCAGUGGUCGAUGAUUCACGUAAGUCGCGCUUCUGGGCGAGUCACUUGGUUGUGGUAUUUGGGAUGGGGCUGCACAACAAUCUCCAAGAGGUUUACACCGUUGCAAAGGCCGGGCUCGUCAACUUACUGGUGGAUGCCGCAAAGAGAAGGGAGUCCGAGGCAGAGUUUGCGGCACUUGGAAGCUGGUACCCGGACAUGUAUGUUCAUCCCAGUGAUCCAGUAUGCUCGGGCUUUCUCGAGCACUUCAAGAACUAUCAGUAUAUGCUACAGGGGAAGUAUGCGAGAUUGGCGAUGCCUCACGCAUCCAUCCGGGGCGUGCUCUGCUCCUCCAAAGCGAAGCCGCAUCACCUCAUCCCCUCGGCAAGGCUUCACGUCCCAGCGGAUGAAGGCAAAGCUGCGAGUGCUCGAGACGCUCAUUCUCUUACACAGUGGUGA